UGAAGAGAACAUCUCUCCUAAUAAUUAUGUUUUCAGCAAAGACAACCCAUACCUAAAUAACAUAAAAGACGGAAGGGAAAACAAUGUCACAACACCAGAUAUUAUGAUGAGUGAUAACGAAGAUGUCAUAUCACAAGGUAAGGAAGAAAACCUGAAAAACAUAAUUGAGAAUGAAAAGGAUACAGAGAAUGAUAAAGCUUCACAAAACAAUACAACUAACGAACUAGACAUGGAAGUGAACAGAACAUCAAAUACAAACACUGACAGAAACCUAACCUCAGAAGAUGGCUUCACAACAGUAACUUACAAAAAACAUAAGACUAAAACGCAAAACGAUAAUGAACAAUAUCACCAUAAGCCUUAUAAUAAAAAUAGAAAAAUCAGGGGAAGUUUCUUCUGCAAAAAUAAGGCUUAA